AGUGUGUAGCUCACUAGCGAGCAGUGUAGUGCCCAAUGAGCAAAAAAAGCUUUCUCUAUAAAAGGACAGUAGACUUCUGUAGCUAACCACACACAGAAUUCUUCACACAGCACCAGCAGUGUUCUAAGUCAAGCCAUGCCACCAGUAAAGCUUGAGGUAUCAGAUGCGACCAUCACACCGUCUAGUGAUGCCAAGCCAAAGGAGCUCAAUAAGUGUAACCAGCUAAAGCUGAAGGGUCUGGAGUCUAUUGCCCCUCUGGUGCGGUCCGUGGAGGAGAACCCAGAGCCCAUCACCACAGAGGUGUGUGGGACCAUCCCAACCUGGAUCCGAGGCAGCCUCCUCCGCAACGGCCCAGGGAAGUUUGAGUUCGGAAACCAACACUACAACCACUGGUUUGAUGGGAUGGCCAUGCUGCACCAGUUUAAGAUUGAGGAUGGCAAGGUGACCUACAGGAGUCGCUUUCUGCAGAGUGAUGCUUACAAGAAGAACAGCGAGAGGAACCGCAUCAUGGUGUCAGAGUUUGGCACAGUGGCCAUGCCCGACCCCUGCAAGAACUUCUUCCUGCGUUUCCUCUCUCGCUUCGAGACGAUAGAGGCAACGGACAACGCCAGUGUUAGCUUUGUAAAGUACAAGGGAGACUGCUUUGUCAGCACUGAGACCAACUACAUGUACAGGGUGGACCCAGAGAGCCUGGAGACACAGAAUAAGGUGGACUGGACAAAGUUUAUUGCUGUGAAUAUGGCCACUGCGCAUCCCCACACUGAACCAGACGGCACUACGUACAACAUGGGCAACUCUUAUGGCAGAAAAGGUGCCUUGUAUAACAUAAUCAAAGUGCCCCCUAUGAAGAACAACCCUGAGGAAACCCUGGAGGGGGCCAAAGUGCUGUGUUCUAUUGUCCCUGCAGACAAGGCCAGGCCCUCCUACUACCACAGCUUCGCAAUGUCAGAGAACUAUGUGGUGUUCAUAGAGCAGCCUAUCAAGAUGGACCUACUGAAGAUUGUCACAGCUAAACUGAGGGGAAAGGGAAUCAGUGAGGGGGUCUUCUGGGACCCCAAACAAGAUACUGUCUUCCACCUGGUAGACAAACACACGGGGGAGACCAGCUCAGUAAAGUUCCACACCAAGGCUCUGUCAGUGUUUCACCAGAUCAACGCUUAUGAGGAGGAUGGCUUCCUGAUGCUGGACAUGUGUUGCUCUGAUAAUGGAGAGGCAAUCAACAACUACCUCAUCCAGAACCUACGCAAGUCAGGGGAGGCUCUCGAUCAGGCCUACAACACCAUGUACAGAGCGUUCCCCCGGCGCUUUGUUCUGCCCCUCAAUGUGACCAAUGACACACCGACAGGUGUGAACCUCAACACACGUCCCGCCAGCUCUGCCACUUCUUUCAAAACAGCCAUAGAUAAGGUGGUGUGCCAGUUUGAGGAUCUCCAUGGAGAGGACCUUUAUGAGUACGGAGGCCUGGAGUUCCCCCAGAUCAACUACAGCAAGUUCAACACGCGGCCCUAUCGCUACUUCUACGGCUGUGGCUUUAGGCACCUGGUGGGAGACUCACUCCUCAAGAUUGACCUGGAGGGAAAGAAAGUCAAGGUGUGGUACCAGAAGGGUUUGUUCCCCUCAGAGCCUGUUUUCGUUCCCUCGCCGGACGCCGUGGAGGAGGACGAUGGGGUCAUCCUGUCCGUGGUGGUCACGCCCACUGAGGAUAAGAGUACAUUCCUCCUGGUUCUGAAUGCCAAGACAUGGGAGGAGCUGGGGAGAGCCGAGGUGCCUGUCAAUAUUCCCUACGGUUUCCAUGGUACCUUCAACCCGACUGCCUAGAUCAGCAUUACUGACCUAACAAUCACCCAUGCCUUCCUCCCUCCCUCCCUCAGAUUAUUUUGUAACCAAUAGAAAUUAAUGGUAAAUAAUGUGGUGUGUCAUUAUGGAGUCACUUUUAUUGUAAAUAAGAAUAUAAUAUGUUUCUAAUCACUUCUACGUUACAUGUUAAAAUGUGGAUGCUACCAUGAUUACAGAUAAUCCUGAAUAAAAUUGUGAAUAAUGAUAAGUGAGAAAGUUAGAUGCACAAACAGCAUACCCCCCCACACAAAUUAUAACCUCCUCUGUUAUUGUAAUGGUGAAAGUAUUUUGUGUCUUUUGUGUGUCUGUAACUUUCUCACUUGUCAUUAUUUACGAAUCAUUCAGGAUUUUCCAUUUUCAUGGUAGCAUCCACAAUAAUGUACAAUGGAAGUGUUUAGAAACAUUCUAUUCUUAUUUCCAAUAAAAGUGACUCCAAAAUGACCAUACAUUAUUUACCAUUCAAGUCAAGGGGUCUGAAUAUGCUGUAUACACGCAUUUUACAUAUACAUUUUACACACAUGGUACUUUUAUAUAGAGCAAUCACAUAAUAAUAAUAAUAAUAAAUGACCAAACACAAGCUCUUUAAUCACACAUGAAUUUUGAACCUUUCUCAUCGCAUAUUAUCCACAGAUUGUAAGCUAAAGAUGAAAACCUUUCCUAUGAUAAUUCUUAUAUUAUUGAUUGAUUGAAAUUGCCCAACACUGCUCUUUGUAAGGUUAAUGUUGAGUCAAUGUUGCUACUGUACACAGGGGCAAUACCAUAAUAAAUUAUCUCUUCGCAGAAAAAUCUAAAUUGCUGAGAUAGUUGUAUGCCCUAUAUAUAUAGCAUGAAAUUGGUGGCAAUAAUUUUGUAUAAUAAUUUUAUUUGAAAAAGUCAGUCUUGAAUCAAAUUGACUUUUUUGUAUCAGUUCAUAUACCAUGUUUCAUGGAAUCGGUACAUCGAAAAUCUCUUCCCAUUUAUUUUGCAACCUGUAUGGCAUAGUAUAUGGCAGACAAACAAGUUCCAAACAUUCCCCCUCUUCCCCUUGCCCUUGGUAAUGCUGCAAUCAAUUGGCUGUAACUUUGCAUUGAGCAGACAUUCCCAUAUAUUUUUGAUAGCUGCAUAUGUUACUUAACUCCACUAUCUCUAUUGAUAAUAUCGAUAAUAAAUAUAAUACCAUUUUAAAACAUUUUUUCCAUAAAGAAUGUUUUUUUUUAAAUUAAUCAGUAUUUGAGUUUAACCAUAAUAUUUGUUCUGUCUUUUCUGGAGGUAAAAUUGAAAUUGUAACCAGCUUUGUAUGGCUUGUUUAUGAAAGGGCACACUUUAAACAGUUUCAUUUUCAAUUCGUCGGAAAUGAGAAGUUGUAAUCUGUAUAAAGGCAAUUUUUGAACAAAGGAUUAACCUUUCUUAAUAAUCUAAUGGAAAACCAAUUUGGUUUUAAGUGUAAUCUAUGUAUGAGUGAAGCUUUUAGUGAGAGGUUUAAUGCUUUAAUAUUUAAUAUUUUUAGCCCCCUAAACACAUUAAUUAUUUUGUCUGGUUUAGCUUUCCAAAUUAAGUGAACUAUUUGUUGCUCAUAUGAUUUUAAAAAUACAAGUCGCCUGGAGUAGGCAAUGCCAUUAUUAAGUAAACUGUGAUAGAACCAAAGAGUUAAUAAAUAUGAUUAAUGGUUGCAGAAUCUUAUCUAUUUUUGCAAACUUUCUAUUGAAAUUGGUUGUGGUAAGUUAAUUUAUAUUUUUUGAGAUAUGAAAACCAAGUAUGUCUACUUCAUCUUCCGCCCAUUUUAUUGGCAAACUACAAGGUAGUGUAAAAACUCACUUUUAACGAUCCAAAACGUAAUCUGGUACACUUUUCAUAAUUAGGUUUUAGUCCAGAGAGGCUAGAAAAGUGAUCACGAUCUUCAAUGAGACUGUGCAGGGAUCCAGAUUGCAGACCUAAGAGAACUUGAGUCAUCGGCAUACAUUGACACAUUUUUGUUUAAAACCCCUGGAUUUCUAACCCCUUGAUGUUCUUGUUGGAUCAAAUUUUAAUAAAUUUUAAUAAUUUUAAUGGCCAUAAUAAUAUAUAUGGAGACAAUGGACAGCUUUUUACUCCUCUUAAAAGCUCAAUACUUUCUAAGUAACCAUUGCUGUACAUAACUUUAACCCAAUGUAUAUGAGAUUCACCAAAAUUAAAGUAAUCUAGGCAUUUAUAUGUAAAUUCUAAUUGUACUUUAUCAAACUCCUUUUUGAAAUGAGAGAGACUGUGUGUCCAUUCACUACAACAAAUAUCCAUGUUCAAGUAACUUCAAUCGUUAUAGAUCAGUAAAACAUCAUGCAAUUUAGUUUCAAAAAGUUCAUAAAACAUUAAACAGUUAAGUAUUUACAAUUUAAGACCAUAUGGGUGGUGAUGUCACUUUAUUACUUUAAGUAUUGAAAAAUGAAAUACUCUGAGUUGGGUUACUCAAAUGGUUCUAGGCAACUGGUUUCCACAUAAAAUAAUUGUUAGCAGAACUAAUUACUUUAUACAGUGCAGAAACUGAUGCCUUAGUUUACCUUAAGUUACGCACGCAUAUAUCCACUAACAAUCAUUUGUAUUUUUUGUCAAUUUUAUAGAAAUUGUUUUACUAUGUUCUGUGGUACAUUUCUAAUUAAAAGUGAUACUAUAAAAGUU